CCUCUCAGAGCGGCUCGCAGAUUUGGAAACCGGAAAGGGAAGUCUUUGCCGCCGCCGCCGCGCCCGCCGCUGCCGCCGCAAUGCAGAGGGAGGAGAAGCAGCUUGAGGCAUCAUUAGAUGCACUGCUGAGUCAAGUGGCUGAUCUGAAGAACUCACUGGGGAGUUUCAUUUACAAGUUGGAGAACGAGUAUGACCGGCUGACCUGGCCCUCUGUCCUGGACAGCUUUGCCUUGCUCUCUGGACAGCUGAACACUUUGAACAAGGUCUUGAAGCAUGAAAAGACACCACUGUUCCGUAACCAGGUCAUCAUCCCUCUGGUGCUGUCCCCAGACCGCGAUGAAGAUCUCAUGCGGCAGACCGAAGGACGAGUGCCUGUCUUCAGCCAUGAGGUGGUCCCUGACCAUCUGAGAACCAAGCCGGACCCUGAGGUUGAAGAGCAGGAGAAGCAGCUCACGACAGAUGCGGCCCGCGUCGGUGCUGACGCAGCUCAGAAGCAGAUCCAGAGCUUGAAUAAAAUGUGCUCGAACCUUCUGGAGAAAAUCAGCAAAGAGGAGCGGGAAUCGGAGAGCGGAGGUCUCCGGCCAAACAAGCAGACCUUUAACCCUACAGACACCAAUGCCUUAGUAGCCGCUGUGGCCUUUGGAAAGGGGCUGUCUAACUGGAGACCUUCAGGCAGCAGUGGUCCUGGCCAGCCGGGCCAGCCCGGAGCUGGGACAGUCCUUGCAGGAGCCUCAGGAUUACAGCAGGUGCAGAUGGCGGGAGCUCCAGGCCAGCAGCAGCCGCUGCUCAGUGGGGUGCAGAUGGCUCAAGCCGGUCAGACAGGGAAAAUGCCAAGUGGAAUAAAAACCAACAUCAAGUCAGCUUCUAUGCAUCCCUACCAGCGGUGAGUGUGGCCAGCAACCUCCACUCCCAGGUGCCCCUUGCAGAGUUGGGCGGUGAAAUUGCGUUUUGCCCAAAGCUGAACUAGGUGGGUACAAUAAAGAGAACAUGGGCUUUCAGCACCAGACAGAUCUCAGCUCUACCACUGACUAGCUGAGUGACCUUGGGCAAGUGACCUAAUUUUUCUCAGCCUGUUUUCUUGUUUGUAAAUGGCGAUGAUACCUACCUCAUAGGGUUGUUGUGAGAAUUAAAAUGAGAAAAUGAAUGUAAAACACUUGGUACAGUCUAUGAAAUGACGGGUAUUCAAUAAAUGACAGUUUCUACAGCCACUUC